CCACCAACUAGCGGUUCGGGGGGCGUUUGCCGUGUGAGCACUGAGCACACGAGCAUGUAUAUCUUCCAAACACCCAACUAGGACUCACAAAACAGAAGCAACAGCCUGCCGCGAAACAUAUACUCUCGCUUCCUCCGUGAGAGAAGCUUAUGCGGCCUUGCUCGUGCGCCUCAGAAACAACCCCUCAUCCCUUCAUUGAAGGCUGAGUUGGAAGAGAGCGAAACCCGCCGUGAUCCUCACCAUCAUAUCAUGGUGGUCUUUGCGCUCAUCGUCAUCAACAAGGCCGGCGGCUUGAUCUUCCACCGGACCUUUCACGAGGGCGGCCUGAACACGCUCUCAACUAACGAUUACCUGGUCCUUGCCGGCACAUUCCAUGGCAUCCACGCCAUCACGGCGAGGCUACACCCCUUGAAGGGCCAGCAGCAGCAGCAGCAGGGCGCGGGGCCGGGGCAGGUGCAGAACCGCCCGGAGCCGCCGGGAGGACUCGAGGUGCUGGAGACGGAGAACUUCCGGCUGCAGUGCUUCAACACGCUCACGGGCAUCAAGUUCCUGCUCUUCACCGACACCACCCAGGCCAACGUCGACGUCACUAUCAGGAGGAUAUAUGACCUCUACACCGACUACGUCAUGAAGAGCCCCUUUUACCAGCUGGAGAUGCCGGUGCGCUGCGACAUGUUUGAUCGCAAGCUCAACUCGUACGUGAGGGAGAUCAACAACAGGUAGCGUGCUGCGCAACGGCAGGAGUUGGGCCCAGAAACACCCCCAAGAACUGUCCCAUAACCGCCAAAGUGAUGUGGUUUAUGUAUGUUUAUACCAUACCAUGUGCAUAGAUUAGACUCGGAGCAAACCCGCCAAAGUCGGUUUCUUUCUCUUGCCAAGUCGGUGCCACAUCCAUAUAGGACCAAGUCUAAUAGUCUAAAAGCAGCACCAAGUAGCAAAACGCCAUAAUAAGGGGGUUCGAGAC